AGCUAGUGCUCUUUGGUGCCAUAAGCUUGAUUUUUCUUGCUGAUCAGCUACUAUGUCCAGCACGGUUCAUGAACCUGGUCAUUCUUGCUUUGCUCCUCUCUGGCCCCAAGGAUGACCAUAUGUCUGCCGAGUUGGAAGAGACAUAUGCCAUUGAUAACAAAGGAGUCAAUCAAUUGAUAAGGAAGCAUCAACUGUUUAUCAUAUAUUUGUUAUCUUUCUUAUCCGAUGUGGUCAUUGCAAGUAUCAAUGGCCAGGAUCUCAUGUCACUCGUGCUCAUGUAUGCCCUUCUUUUGAUUCCGAUUUUUGUGUUUCUAAAGCCUUCAGCAGAUAGGCAACAGUCAUCUACGUGCGGCCACUUACGAAUUCAGACCUCGGGAUUACUUCUCUUGCUUUGCACUGUCAUAAUGUUGUCAUAUAAUUUUGAAAGCUACAAUUUGAAAAUGAUAUUUGUCACUGCUGGUUCAUUGACAAUAUUCACAAUAAGUCAAUUGGAUGUUAACCAUACCAACCCUAUUAAUCAGGUAUUCAAUACCAGCUUGUUUUUGACCAACUAUAAAAGAAAUAUCAUCAUUUUGAACACUGUUAUGGCACUGAUACUUCAGACAACCACAGAUUCUGAUAACAAAAUGGAGGCACUCAAGAUGAAUAUCGUUGAUUUUGCAAUAAACAUGCUGCUCAUGUUGAUAGUGAAUCCUGCCAAAAAAAGUGAGCAUUCAUCUUGUAGCGAAACCGUUUCGGAUAAAUCGCACCCCAACUCUACUUUUGUGUCAUUAGUCGUCCAGCUUUUCAACUCCAAAGACACAAGAUCCAUUUUCAAUUUCCUACUACUGAACGUGUCUUUCAUGUUCAUACAAUUGCUUUAUUCUUUCCGAUCGAAAUCUCUCAGUCUUUUGAGCGACUCUCUUCAUAUGAUGUUGGACUGCACAUCCCUGUUCCUUGGUCUUUUAGCGUCAUUAAUUGCGAAAAAUAAUAAACAGUAUCCGACCAGGGAAUUUCCGUUUGGCUUGACAAGAAUCGAGACUCUUGCGGGCUUCACCAACGGUUCGCUUCUUUUGGGUGUGGUAUUUGGAAUUCUCAAUGAGUCCUUUCAACGUCUAUUUCAUCCAGUGGACUUGCGCAAGACUGACGAGCUUUUAAUUGUCAGCAUUCUUGGGCUUGUGGUAAAUCUGGUUGGAAUAUUUGCUUUCAACCAUGGCCACGAUGGAUCUCAUGGUCAUUCGCAUUCGCACAGCCAUUCUCAUGAACACACGCAUCAACAUACUCACAACCACUCUGAAUCUGGCGAACAUGCACCGAACCUGAGUGAUAAUAUGCAUGGUAUUUUCCUGCAUAUUUUGGCAGAUACCCUGGGCUCUGUCGGGGUCAUUUUAUCAACGUUGAUCAUCAAGCUGACUGGAAUCCAGGUCAUUGAUCCAAUUGCAUCUAUAUUUAUCGCAUUGCUGAUUUUGGUGUCUUCAAUCCCGCUUCUCAAAUCUUCAUCCUCGAAUCUUCUUCUUGCCUCAUCUGAUUCUUCUGUGAGCGAGCUUCAGUAUGUGUUAGGAGAGGUCCUAAAGGUUCCUGGCGUCAGGUCCUAUACAACCCCGCGCUUUUGGCCUGUUAGUGAUACCAAUUCAAAGUUGACUGGCUACAUUCACAUUCAAUAUUACCGCACCGAGACAUCGCUUUCGCUGCGCAGCAAAAUCGACAAGCUUUUUAAAAGUUCCAAAUCCAUUUCAAAGAUCUACAUUCAGUAUGAGAAUGAGAUCGAUGACUGCUGGUGCCGGAAAGAUGGAAUUUUCAGUGUUGGAUAACAUGAUGUCCAAUGCUGCUAUUAUGCGUAUAGACUCGUACAAUAUG